AUGGCACACACUAAAGCUAAAUUACCCACUUGCCCCUUAAUCGUAAGUUUGUAAGAUAAGUAAAGGACAUUCAGGGCAUGUAAUAAGCUGAACUUAAGGUUUCUUGGGGAAGACAUCUGA